CGUUGGGCAGCCACUGCUCUGCGUAAGAAGAGUUUGAAAGAAGGCCAACGGACACUACUUCUCUCCUUCCCAAAAUACCCUUCCCGCCAUUAUGGGUGUGAGAGUGGGGCUUUUGUUUCUUCUAGUGUUGGGUGUCGGCUGCAUGUAUACAGAUGCUAGAAGUUUGGUGAUCUCUGAUUCUUCGGUUGUGCAGAUUAACUACCAGGAGCCGAAUACCGAAAGUAAUAUUUCUAAACCUUAUUCAAGGACUGGAAAAUUGUGUGGAUUGUGUGAGCAGUUCAUUUCCCAGGCAACAGACUAUCUCAAUGAAAACAAGACCCAAACAGAGAUCAUCGACCGCUUUCACUCAGCCUGUUCUCAGUUGCAUUCUCUCCAACAUCAGUGCGUCAGAUUGGUGGACUAUUAUCUCCCUCUUUUCUUCAUAGAGAUUGCCACAAUACGUCCUGAGGAUUUCUGCAAUAAGGUCAAUCUUUGUGAGGACAAGGCAGUCUUUCUUCCACAACAAUCUCAAGGUAGCUGCAAUCUCUGCCAUAAUGCUGUAAAUGAAGUUCUAACGAAGCUGAAAGAUCCUGAUACUCAGCUAGAGAUAAUCCAUCUGCUUCUCAAGGUAUGUGAGAGGGUGGAGCGCUAUCUGAAGAAGUGUAGGAAGUUGGUUUUCGAGUACGGCCCACUGAUCGUGAUGAAUGCAGAAUGGUUCUUGGAGAGCCGAGAUGUCUGCAUUUCCAUUCAUGCCUGCAAAGCGACCAGCAGCGAAGAAGCAUCCAUGUUGGAAAUGGUGGGGGGCAGCAGCUAAAAUAGCUGAAAAUGAAGAGGGAUUUGUAAUUUUGGGGAAGAAAGUUAAUUAUAGACAGUUUUUAGUUACAUGUUAGUAUCAAUAAUCUCCACUCUUCUCCCAAUGUGUAGCAUGAAUGCAAGAACUUGUUCCUAU